UUCCGUACAUGUCUCUAUAUUUCAGUGAUUUGAUCAAUGGUGCCGCAUGGUUUUGUGCGAAUUUGAUAAUCAAGUUCUAUUUUACUCCCUUGAUUUUAUUGUGAACUGCAUUGAUCUGGAGGACAUCUACUUGGCGUCAUCAUAAUUAUACCCGUUUGUGUACAUUUUCUGGCUCUAGUAGUGUUUCAUUUAUUAUAAAAAUAAGAUGACUGAGAAUUCAUCAACAGAGGUGCCAGUUGCACAAUCUGAGGUAAAGUCUAGUUGGGCCGAUGAAGUCGAAGAAGAGGGAGGAGCGUUGCCCGCACCCUCGGAAAUCUAUGAGAAUGGCUUCAAAAUUCUCACGGAGUAUAAAUAUAAUCAAGAUAACAAGAAAGUCAAGGUUGUACGUACUUACAAGAUAGAGCGGCGCAUCGUCUCGAAAACGAUUGCGGCGCGCAAAAAUUGGGCAAAGUUUGGCGAUUCUGCCGACGAUAGGCCGGGACCUAAUCCAGCCACUACUGUCGGCGGUGAGGAUGUCUUUAUGCAAUUCAUAUCCAGCAAGGAGGAAGAAAACAAAGUGGAGGAGGAUUCCUUGGAUAAACUGAAGAGCAUGGGUGACAAAGGUGUUGUCAAGUGCCGUAACUGCAAUGGCGAUCACUGGACGUCUAAAUGUCCAUAUAAAGACACUGUUCUCGCUGGCGGAAAAGUGCCAGAUGACAAAAAACCUCUUGUUAACGCGGGAGUACCCGGUGCAAUGGCGGAGCUCAAACCGCAGGGUGGCAAGUACGUGCCGCCCGGUAUGCGUGACGGCGGCAAUAAACGAGGCGACUCUAUGCAGAUGCAGAGACGUGACGACACAACCGCCAUCCGUAUUUCUAAUCUCUCGCAGAGCACCACGGAUGCGGAUCUGGACGAGCUUGUGAAGCCUUUCGGCUCCGUGGUGAAACAGUUCCUCGCUAAGGAGAAGCUUUCCAAUCUCUGUAAGGGUUUUGCAUAUGUACACUUCAAGCAUAGGGCUGACGCUGCAAGAGCGAUCGCUACCUUGGACGGCUACGGCUACGAUCAUCUUAUUCUGAGCGUGGAAUGGUCAAAGCCGCAAGCUCAAAAUAAUUAACUCCAAUUAAUUGUAAUUAUUGGAAUAAAAGAUAAAGAAACUC